GAUUCUUCGUUCUUCCAAAAAUAUGAGAUGGAUUUGGUGGAGCCCCCACUGGGGGAAGGAAGCUUCUCCGUCUGCCGCCGUUGCCGACAUAGACAAACCGGGACGGAAUAUGCGGUCAAAAUCAUCAGCAAAAGGAUGGAAGUCAACACCCAGCGUGAGGUGGCGGCUCUGCAGAUCUGCGAAACCCACCCGAACAUUGUCAAACUUCACGAUAUUCAUCACGACCAGUAUCACACGUACCUGGUGAUGGAAUUGCUGAGGGGCGGGGAACUCCUGGACCGGAUCAAGAAGAAGCAACACUUCAGCGAAUCGGAAGCCAGCCAGAUCAUGCGCAGCUUGGUUUCUGCUGUUAGCUUCAUGCACGACUCGGGAGUGGUACAUCGGGACCUCAAGCCCGAGAAUAUUCUCUACGCAGACGAGUCGGAGGGCGCCCCCGUGAAGGUGAUCGACUUCGGCUUUGCCCGUCUCUGCCCUCAAAAUUCGCAGCCCAUGCAGACCCCCUGCUUCACCCUCCAGUACGCGGCCCCCGAACUUUUGCAGGACGGAGGCUACGAUGAAUCUUGUGAUCUCUGGAGCCUGGGGGUGAUCUUG